AUGGCUUUGGAUUUACGCCUGCAUUCUCCUGCAGGCGCGGAACCUGUUGUUUAUACAUGGCCCCUCACUUCGGGUCAUGGCUCGGACAAACACGACGGGGCCUUGGAGAUAGUAGAAACUAUAAGAUGGGUGUGCGACGAUCUACCAGAUAUGAAGGCGGCGCUAGAAAACAACAUCCUGUGCGACUUCGACACUCACUCUUACGACAGUAUGAGAGCCCUAUGCGACCGUUUCAACCGCGCCAUCGACUCCGUUGUCGCCCUGGAAAAGGGUACUUCCUUACCAGCUCAGCGGUUAAACAAGUAUCCAUCAAGAGGUUUGUUAAAACACAUACUGCAGCAAACUUAUAACCAAGCAGUAUCUGACCCGGAUAAACUAAAUCAGUACGAACCCUUCUCACCUGAGGUAUAUGGCGAAACAUCGUACGAAUUAGUUUGUCAAAUGAUAGAUCAAAUUGACAUAACCGCAGAAGAUGUGUUCGUGGACUUGGGGUCUGGCGUAGGGCAGGUGGUGCUACAAAUGGCGGCCGCAACACCUUGCCGCGUUUGUCUUGGUGUUGAAAAGGCGGAAGUUCCUAGUAAAUAUGCCGAGAGCAUGGAUUUAUAUUUUAGAACAUGGAUGAGAUGGUACGGCAAGAAAGUUGGAGAGUAUAAAUUAAUAAAAGGCGACUUUUUAUUGGAUGAACAUAGAGAAAAAAUAAAUGCAGCGACAAUAGUUUUUGUGAAUAAUUUUGCUUUCGGGCCCCAUGUAGAUCAUCAGUUAAAAGAAAGAUUCGCCGAUUUGAAAGACGGUGCUAAAAUUGUAUCAUCGAAAAGUUUCUGUCCACUGAACUUCAGGAUAACAGACAGGAAUCUAAGCGACAUUGGGACUAUCAUGCAUGUCAGUGAGAUGUCACCGCUAAAAGGAUCUGUCUCGUGGACGGGAAAACCAGUCUCUUACUAUUUACACAUUAUAGAUAGGACCAAAUUGGAGAGAUAUUUUCAAAGACUGAAAAAUCCGAAACUCAAGGUCAGCAAAAGGGGCUCACAUAACGGAUGUGAGGAGGGCGAGGGAAGCAAGCGUAACCUGAGUGCCCCGCCAACUAGACAACCAACGCCAGACUUACUCAACGGCAAUAGUAAUCACAGUACUGCAUCCCUGCCUGAGCGACGGGGUAAAGUGGCUCGGUCUAGGCCUGUCCGAGGCGAGAACGGUAGAACGAGGGCGCGCGCCGCAGUUGCAAAACGGCGCGUCGUACGCCGGUCCAGUGACGAAAGCGACGAGGAGUCCAGCGGGACUGACGACGCGCCGCCUGGGCCGGAACCGGCACCCCGCGAAUGGGGUGCACCUUGGGCUUCCUCAUCAGACUCAAAUCGUACUCGUCGGCCGGCGAGCAAACGGAGUGCAAGCGCCGGAGGCGCGCGGAGACGAGCGGCGCGAGCCAAGCGGCGCCGCGCUGCACCCGCUGCCAUCGCUGGCCUCGAUUUGCUGCAUUCCACCACGCUAGCUUCCACUCUGCACAACGGUGCUGUGACAGCUCCUCCACCGGGUUGCGUAGAACAACGCCUAUCCGCUCUGGGCGUACAGUUGCAACCGGCGGAUCGUCUCCACUCCGAGCUGGAUAUACCUCGCUCCCCUCACACUCCUUAUAGCCUGCAACUUCUGCUGGACAUGUUCCGGGACCAGUAUCUCGCUUUUAUCCAGCGUAUGAAUACCCCAGAAUAUGCCGAAGACAUUCGGAUGCAGAUAGAUAAAGAAAAGGAAAGAAAUCAGAAGCUGAAGUCGCGGGCGUCUCAGUUAGAUAAACAGAUCAGCGUGCUCAUCAGCGAUAGUGUUGCUCUGUUAAAAUCAAGAAUGAGCGAGCUGGGUAUUCAUGCUAAUAACACGGUGGAUUUACUGGCUAAAGCGAAGGAAAUUGUAGGAAGGCAUAAAGAGCUACAGAGCAAAGCUAGCAAAUUGCAAGCUCAGGUUAACAAUAUAGAAGCCGAGCAAGCAAUGCUUGUUAAACAAAGGACUUUUGAAAUAACGGAAAAGUAUCGUCAGUUAGGUCAUAUACCCCCGGAUGUCGAGAUCACUCAGAGUAUAGCUCAUGAUUGCAUUUUAAAGGAAAUAUCUGCUACAUUAGCACAUCGGAAAAGGUUGCACGCACAGGUAGGUCACUUACAAAAUGAAAUUAUUCAAAUGGAGAGAGCGAGUGAACAAAAGGUUACGCAACCGACGGUACCAGUAGCUACAGUCAAACCUCACACAGUUAACAAUAAGCCUAGGAAAUCUAGGGAACACAGAUCACGGUCGCAGGAGUGGCCGGAUGUUCCCGAAGUUGGAAAAAUAGAAGAACAGAAUCCCGAACUACUCGCGCAAAAGAUACUUGAGACGGGACGUCAAAUCGAGGCAGGCAAAAUAAUUAAGCCUAACGUAAUAGUAAACGGGUAUCCGCGGGACUCUGACAGGCACGUGGAUCAUCAUCGACAUCCAAAAGCUUCCACACCAAUACACCGGACACAGCCGCAACGACCGGCACAACCGCCGGCGGGACUAGCACACCGUCAGUCUCCCGUUAAACACCAGAAACCUCUCAACGUGGUAUCUAAAGUGCAGGAAUCGCCGAAGGUGAUCAACUUCGAGGACAGGCUGAAGAGCAUAAUUACAUCCGUGCUGAACGAGGACCAAGAGCAGCGGAAAGCGACGACGCGGCCCUCAGCACCCGCCCACGCCUAUACUAACGGAUUCGUGCGACAGAGCAGCGCACCGCAUUCGUUUCCACGCGGGGCACCGCCACCUGUCGCGCCGCCGGGCGCCUACCGCGCGUCGCGCGACCUUCGGCGCGAGCGCUACCCGUCCUACGAGCGCCGCCCUCCUGACCUGCGCCAUCACGUCGCACCUACCGCGUCCGCCGCCCCGCUCCCUGACUACACGCAGGUGUCUCCAGCGAAGUUGGCGCUCCGGCGACACUUGUCUCAAGAGCGACUUGCGGCCCCUGGUACGCGUACCAUAGGCGACCUCGUCAACGGUGAAAUCGAGCGCACGCUCGAAAUCUCCAACCAGAGCAUAAUAAACGCAGCUGUCAACAUGAGCGCGCGCUACCACGAGCCGGCCGCCGCUAACCAACCGCUUGAAGGUUUAGCGGCUUGCCUACAGGCGCGCGUGCUCGCGUCGGAGUACUGGCGCGGGCGAAACGCGGGAGGCGAGGCGGACGACGGCAAGCGACGCUCGCCGCCCGCCGACCCGCACUCUAACACGUCCACACCGCUGGUGGACGAGCUGCCCGACGGCGCGCGCAUGCCAGGUAAAGCGCAAGCGCCCACGCCUCCCGGGACCCGCGCUCGCCCCGCGCCGCCCGAUCGACUCACCAACCGCUCCGUUACAGAGGGCGAGGGCGGCGAGGAGGUAGACGAGAGCAAGUGGCAGGACCGGAUAGCGUUCCGGUUCGACCAGAUCAUAUCGUUCGCGUCCACGGCCAUGGAGGAUAAGCGGCGCCGCUCCGACGAGGCGUGCAACACGUCGCCCGACUCGGGCAUCGGCCACGGCGAGGCGGGCUCGGCGGCGCCGAGCGGUGCGGCGCGCGCGGCGGGCUCGCCGCCGGCAGCGCACUUCAAGAAGCGCUUCUUUCGCCGCGAGCGGUGGGGCGCGUGGGGGGGCGCGGCGCCCGCCGUGGACUGGGAGCGCCCGCCCAUGUGA